CGCCGACACCGUGUGCGCGCGGCGGGCCUUCUUUCCCGCCUCUGCGCCGGCCGCUCGCCUCCCCGCCGCAGCUCUCGGGCUCCGGCCGGGUCUCGCGCGCCGUCUUCUCGAGAGGGGCAUCGCGCCGCCCGGCGCGCGCCGCCCCCGUGCCUCGCGGCGCGGGGUCUCGCGGGCCCCGCUCCCGCCCUCCGCUCGCCUGGCCCGGACCGGAAGCGGCGCCGCACGGCCUGGGCCUGGCGCGGGGGGCGGGCACCGGGGCCCGGUCGGACAUGGGCAAGAAGCACAAGAAGCACAAGUCGGACAAACACCUCUACGAGGAGUAUGUAGAGAAGCCCUUGAAGCUGGUCCUCAAAGUAGGAGGGAACGAAGUCACCGAACUCUCCACGGGUAGCUCGGGGCACGACUCCAGCCUCUUCGAAGACAAAAACGAUCAUGACAAACACAAGGACAGAAAGCGGAAAAAGAGAAAGAAAGGAGAGAAGCAGAUUCCAGGGGAAGAAAAGGGGAGAAAACGGAGAAGAGUUAAGGAGGAUAAAAAGAAGCGAGAUCGAGACCGGGUGGAGAAUGAGGCAGAAAAAGACCUCCAGUGUCACGCCCCUGUGAGAUUAGACUUGCCCCCUGAGAAGCCUCUCACAAGCUCUUUAGCCAAACAAGAAGAAGUAGAACAGACACCCCUUCAAGAAGCUUUGAAUCAACUGAUGAGACAAUUGCAGAGAAAAGAUCCAAGUGCUUUCUUUUCAUUUCCUGUGACUGAUUUUAUUGCUCCUGGCUACUCCAUGAUCAUUAAACACCCAAUGGAUUUUAGUACCAUGAAAGAAAAGAUCAAGAACAAUGACUAUCAGUCCAUAGAAGAACUAAAGGAUAACUUCAAACUAAUGUGUACUAAUGCCAUGAUUUACAAUAAACCAGAGACCAUUUAUUAUAAAGCUGCAAAGAAGCUGUUGCACUCAGGGAUGAAAAUUCUUAGCCAGGAAAGAAUUCAGAGCCUGAAGCAGAGCAUAGACUUCAUGGCUGACUUGCAGAAAACUCGAAAGCAGAAAGAUGGAACAGACACCUCACAGAGUGGGGAGGACGGAGGCUGCUGGCAGAGAGAGAGAGAGGACUCUGGAGAUGCCGAAGCACAUGCCUUCAAGAGUCCCAGCAAAGAAAAUAAAAAGAAAGACAAAGAUAUGCUUGAAGAUAAGUUUAAAAGCAAUAAUUUAGAGAGAGAGCAGGAGCAGCUUGACCGCAUUGUGAAGGAAUCUGGAGGAAAGCUGACCAGGCGGCUUGUGAACAGUCAGUGCGAAUUCGAAAGAAGAAAACCAGAUGGAACAACGACAUUGGGACUUCUCCAUCCUGUGGAUCCCAUUGUAGGAGAGCCAGGCUACUGCCCUGUGAGACUGGGAAUGACAACUGGAAGACUUCAGUCUGGAGUGAAUACUUUGCAGGGGUUCAAAGAGGAUAAAAGGAACAAAGUCACUCCAGUGUUAUAUUUGAAUUAUGGGCCCUACAGUUCUUAUGCACCGCAUUAUGACUCCACAUUUGCGAAUAUUAGCAAGGAUGAUUCAGAUUUAAUCUAUUCAACCUAUGGGGAAGACUCUGAUCUUCCAAGCGAUUUCAGCAUCCAUGAGUUUUUGGCCACAUGCCAAGAUUAUCCAUAUGUCAUGGCAGAUAGUUUACUGGAUGUUUUAACAAAAGGAGGGCAUUCCAGGACCCUACAAGAGAUGGAGAUGUCAUUUCCUGAAGAUGAAGGCCAUACUAGGACACUUGACACAGCAAAAGAAAUGGAGCAGAUUACAGAAGUAGAGCCACCAGGGCGUUUGGACUCCAAUACUCAAGACAGGCUCAUAGCACUGAAAGCAGUAACAAAUUUUGGCGUUCCAGUUGAAGUUUUUGACUCUGAAGAAGCUGAAAUAUUCCAGAAGAAACUUGAUGAGACCACCAGAUUGCUCAGGGAACUCCAGGAAGCCCAGAAUGAACGUUUGAGCACCAGACCCCCUCCCAACAUGAUCUGUCUCUUGGGUCCCUCAUACAGAGAAAUGCAUCUUGCUGAACAAGUGACCAAUAAUCUCAAAGAACUUGCACAGCAAGUAACUCCAGGUGAUAUCGUAAGCACGUAUGGAGUUCGAAAAGCAAUGGGGAUUUCCAUUCCUUCCCCCGUCAUGGAAGACAACUUUGUGGAUUUGACAGAAGACACUGAAGAACCUAAAAAGACGGAUGUUGCUGAGUCUGGACCUGGUGGAAGUUGAGGCCGCCUGGUAUUUGAUUAUAUAUUAUUAAGAAAAGUAAGAUAUAGUUGAAGGACGGCAGGGGAGAACGCAAAGAUGUGUGAGUAAUCAAGAAGAGCUGAAAGGCCGCACCUUACUUUCAAAGCACCUCUCUCCAGAAUGCUUGCCUCACAAGCUGCCUCAUUCAAAGGCAAGGCUCUUCUGCUCCCUGCCUUCUUGCUGUGACCACAUUCCUCAUUCCUCAGGACUCUAUCCCCACAGCCAGCUGACCCCAUAAGCUGACUCUAGACAGUAGUCCUCCUUACAUGUCAGUGGUUAAAAAGGCAGAGCAUACACUGGAGGGAAGAGAUUUAUGUCUAGUGUCUAAAAAGUCAUUCAAGAGGAUAAAAACCCCAUUAAUGUAUUCAUUUAAAACAAACAUGCCAGACAAGGCAAAAAGUAACAGUGUUAAUUAUGGUGUUUUUCUCUCUACUGUUUGAAGCCGUUUACAGAUGUAAAACACCCCUUUCAGCUUCAUUUACCGGAAUGCCUCUGUGAGAAAUGCUGUCAUUGCCAGACCCACCGGGGAGAGGGAGUCUCCAAUCCGUGCUAGACAGCUCAGCUUACUCCCCCUUGGUGUCUAGAAAAACAGACCUCACUUGUGCGUGCCCACAGGCCACUGAGGUGGGCGUCUAUUUUCAUCACAUGCUAAAGUUGCCUCCAUAGCACCUCAGGGAACAAAGAUCUGAAAGUCAGCCCUGAACCAUUGAACAUUCUCCAGCUGGCCUGGAAACUGUUACAGACCAGGCACAGAGGUUCUGGCCUCCCCUGCGCAUUAUGGCUCAGUGGCUGCUUCGAGCCAGAAUCUGGUGCAUGUGUCUGAGAAAUCCUCCAGUGCAGGUCCAAAGAAGCCAACAUGCACAGCCAUCUGCGUGCCUUUGGGAUUGGCGUGGGACGGAGUCUUCUCCUGGGCUUGUUUCAGGGAAGGAGAUUGGCUUCCCAGCCUUUUCGGAAUCCAGCAGGAGCCCUCAGUUCAGCCCCAGCCCCUGAAACUUGGCAGUGUCCGUACAGACAAAGUAAGUCCUCAGCUCGCCUUUGCCUUUGACAUUGAUCAGGCCACGGCAUUCACAAGAGUACCCGAGGCCCUGGAGGAUGGUGCAGGUCUCCUCGGUAACCUGAAAAGGAAGAGAGACCUGUUGUCUUCAGAGGCGGGAAGAACACCUAUCGUGGUAGGGACAGAUAGAGACUGCCCAGGCAUGCAGCCUCCCUUCCCUGGAGAGUGUGAUAGCUGGAACCAUGGCUGCUGGGUGAGACAGCAGCUCUUAAGCCCAAGUCCCCUCACCUCUGGGGAAGAUCUUUUCCCCCUAGUCACCAGUUCCCCGAUGGGUCUUUACCUGGAUUUUCCCAAGUUCUCCAGUGCUCUCCAUUCGGCUGGCCACGUUGACUGUGUUUCCCCAGAUGUCAUACUGAGGUUUUCGGGCCCCAAUCACUCCAGCAAUCACAGGCCCAUGGUUUAUGCCUGAAGAUGAUGUUUACAGUUACCCAAGCGUGCAGACAAAGCCUCAAGCUUCUGCCCUUAGGGGAGGCCAGAGAAUCCAUACCCCAGCACAGGACGCGGGGACAACUAGAGUGAAGGCUGGGUUGCUUCCCAGAGUCACUGUGAUGCAGUCGGGCUUGGGGUGUGAGGAGGGCAUUCCCCGGCCAGCUCUUUUUCAGACUCAGAAGCCAGAAGUCUGGGUUUGAUGUUAACACUUGUAUUUGAUGUAACACUUGUAUCUGCUAAUCUCCCUUUUAACAAAGAAUACUUUGUUAAAAGUAUUAACAAAGGCCUGGCUUUGAGCGCAGGCCCGCAACUAUUUAGGUUUAGUAACUUUGCUUCCUUCUCUAUAUUUUAAGGUCACCUGUUUACAGACAAUAAUUUUGGUUCUCUGUUUUCUGUAGUUACAUAUUAUUAAAACUCUCAAUGGUAA